AUGAAGGUCGGUUUCAACUUCGCAAAUUUACUCGGCACGGUUUACUGUCGCGGAAAUCUCGUCUUCACACCAGAUGGAAACUCUCUACUUUCGCCAGUAGGAAACAGGGUUUCGUGUUUCGACCUCGUCAACAAUAAGUCCUUCACCUUUAGUUUCGAGCACCGGCACAACAUCGCAAGAUUAGCUCUUUCGCCUCAAGGGACAUUAUUACUUACGGUUGAUGAAGAUGGCAGGGCGAUCCUCACAAAUUUCAUCCGUCGUACCACCCUGCACUACUUCAAUUUCAAAUCAAAGGUUACCGACCUGAAAUUCUCACCAGAUGGUAAACAUUUUGCUGUCGCCGUGGGGCGCAAAAUCCAAGUCUGGCGUACACCCAAUGUCGAUGAAGAACGGGAGUUCGCGCCGUUCGUUAAACACAGAGAAUACGUAGGGCAUUACGAUGUCGUGAAUAGCAUUACCUGGUCUAGUGACUCGAGGUUUCUUCUAACUGCGUCAAAAGAUUUGACGGCAAAAGUGUUCUCGUUAAAUCCCAUGGAGGGAUUCGUACCGACUAGUUUGGCGGGGCAUAAAGAUGCGGUCAUUGGCUCCUACUUCUCUAAGGAUCAGGAAACGAUCUAUACCGUAGGCAAGGAUGGCGCAUUGUUUGAAUGGAAGUGGAAACAGCCACCAGCAAGGGAGGAUGGAGACGAAGACAUGGAGGAGGUAAAAGAGAGGCCAGAGAGGUGGAUGAUCACGCAAAAACACUAUUUCCAACAAAAUCACGCAAAGGUCAAGUGCGCCACAUUUCAUCAGGAUUCAAAUUUACUGGUAGUCGGAUUUGAUUCAGGUAUUUUUGGUUUAUAUGAAAUGCCAGACUUCAAUAUGAUUCACACCUUGAGUAUCUCCCAACAAGGGAUUGACUUUGUGACUGUCAACAAAACCGGUGAAUGGCUCGCCUUUGGGGCUUCAAAGUUAGGUCAACUACUUGUAUGGGAAUGGCAAUCAGAAUCAUAUAUUCUCAAACAGCAAGGCCACUUCGACGCAAUGAAUUCAUUGGUGUACUCACCGGAUGGGAGGCGGAUCAUCACCACCGCCGAUGAUGGAAAGAUCAAGGUCUGGGACGCACAAUCAGGGUUCUGCAUUGUCACAUUCACAGAACAUACAUCUGGCGUUACAGCCUGCGAAUUUGCUAAGCGUGGGAACGUUCUUUUUACUGCCUCUCUCGAUGGCAGUGUCCGAGCAUGGGACCUAAUUCGAUACAGAAACUUCCGAACAUUCACUGCUCCGAGCAGACUUCAGUUCUCAAGUCUUGCAGUCGAUCCUUCUGGCGAGGUUGUCUGCGCUGGCAGUUUGGAUAGUUUUGAUAUUCAUCUCUGGAGUGUACAAACUGGGCAACUCCUCGAACAGCUCUCUGGGCACGAAGGCCCAGUCUCAACACUUUCAUUCGCACCGAACGGGCAAAAUCUUGUUUCCGGUUCCUGGGAUAGGACCGUACGAAUCUGGAAUAUUUUCUCCCGAACCCAGACAAGUGAGCCGUUGCAGCAGCAGACCGAUGUACUCAAGGUUUCUUUCCGACCUGACGCCCAGCAGAUUGCAGUUAGCACUCUUGAUGGACAGCUCACAUUUUGGGAUGUUGAGAACGCUGAGCAAAUUGGUCAUAUCGAUGGACGAAAGGAUAUCUCUGGAGGACGAAAAGUAACAGACCGUACUACCGCUGCCAAUGCUGUUGGUACAAAGCAUUUCAACACACUUUGCUACUCUGCUGAUGGAGCAUGUGUUCUCGCCGCUGGAAACAGCAAGUACAUUUGUCUAUACGACAUUGCCUCUGGUAGUUUGGUUCGGAAAUUCACUGUCUCUGUCAACUUAUCCAUCGACGGUACCCAGGAAUUCCUCAACUCAAAGAACUUAACAGAAGCUGGCCCAUUAGAUCUCAUCGAUGAUCAAGGUGAAGCUUCUGAUCUCGAAGACCGUAUCGACCGUACUCUCCCCGGUGCUUCUCGUGGUGACUUGUCACAACGCAAAGUGCGGCCCGAGAUACGUAUUGCAGAUGUCGCGUUUUCUCCCACGGGCAGGUCCUUCGCUGCAGCCUCAACAGAGGGCCUAUUAGUAUACUCUCUUGACAAUGUAGCCAUUUUCGAUCCCUUUGACCUCGACGUCGAUGUAACCCCCGCAGCUACACUUGCUGAAAAGGACUAUGUAAAGGCGUUGGUGAUGUCCUUCAGACUCAAUGAGAGAUACCUUAUCCACCGUGUAUACGAGGCUAUCCCUCCUGAGGAUAUUAAGCUGGUAGUUCGAGAGCUCCCAGCAGUCUACCUGGCUAGACUGCUACGAUUCGUUGCUGAGAUGGCGGAGGAAACGCCGCAUGUUGAAUUUGCACUACUAUGGGUAGAGGCAGUUUUGAGUAAGCACGGUAGGGUGAUUAAAGAACGGAGAGGAGAGUUCGAGACGGAAAUGAGGAGUGUGGCAAAAAGUGUGCAGAGAAUCCAGAGUGAACUGGCAAGGCUUGCCGAUGAAAAUGUUUACACGCUUGAGUUCCUCUUAUCAGCGCCCGUACCCAGGGAAGCCCCAUUAGGGUCUCCGGAUAAAAAGAUGAUAACAGAAAAGGGAGAAUCCGACGAGGAGAAGGAAGAGGAAGACGUGGAGAUGGAAAAUGGGAGCAACGAAGAUGAAUGGAUCGGACUCGGUGAUGAUAGUGAUUGA